AUGGCCCUCUUCGGCUUCACGUCCCGGCCCCGGCUUCACGUCCCGGCCCCGGCUUCACGUCCCGGCCCCGGCUUCACGUCCCGGCCCCGGCUUCACGUCCCGGCCCCGGCUUCACGUCCCGGCCCCGGCUUCACGUCCCGGCCCCGGCUUCACGUGCAAACAGCCUCCCCUCGCCCCUCCCCUCACUCCUGGGAGAUGACCCACUUCGCCAGGAUCCCACCCCACUUUGUGCCGCUGCCCUGGCCCUUUAAAGCCGGCUGCGGUUGGGACGUGAAUAAUGCAUGGAAGAGGGACAUGAGAAUUAGACUGUGGGGGGAAUAG